AGUUUCCGCCGAGGCGCUGGCAAUAAGGCUUAUAAAAUGUGUGAGCGAGUAGGGUGAAGCCAGUUGUACCUCGACAUCUGUGGAGCCAACACGUUCGCGAUGCAUAAGCUGACUCUAUUCAUCUUGGCGGCAGUGUUCGCCGUAGCCCUCGCAGAAGGACAGUACUAUGUUCCCCGCGCCUACUACACCAUAGACGCGGAGGGGCACGAGUCCGCGCGGGUCCCGCUGCGGCGCCUGCGUCGCUCCGUGCCCUGGCCCUACGCGGCGGGCAGCAAUGCCAACGCUAAUGCUGAAGCUCAUGCUGGUCCCGGUGGCAACGCAAACGCGAACGCGCGCGCUGACGCGGGCGGCUGGGGAGGCAACGGUGACAGUUGGGGCCAGCGAGGCAACAACGGUGGCUCGUGGGGCCAGCCCGGCGGCUGGGGCCAGCCAGGCGUCUACGGUGCCUCCAACCCUGCGGCCCACGCAAAUGUCUUGGCACCCGGCAUGACUCGGCGCCAGUUCGGAGCGGUGCAGGGGCAGUCGGUGAGCGCCAGCACCUCUGUGGGAGUUGACCCCACCGGCAACGGUUACUACGACCAGUCCGCUUCGGUUCACUAAGAAUUUACAUGUUUGGUUCAACUUGCAUAAUCUGUUAGCACUGUACAAUAACAUGUAUAGACAGAGAACCCAUUUAAAAGUGUAUAAAAGCUAUUCUUUACCAUUUUGUGGGAUUGAUUGUAAUGUUUGACUGAUGAUUGAUUUUGAAGAUAUGCGGAAAAACUGAAGGUCUGAAAGCUCUGGCUUAUAAUGUAAAGGAACGUUAUGUAGAGGUCAAACAUGUACACCUAUGUAAGGGUUCAACUUCUCUAGUGUCAUAUGCCUAGACCUAUGUCAAUACAUGAGUACCGAUACAAUCUUCCGGAGGCUAAAAUAUGAGCCAGUUAGAUGGUGCAUCUAACUUUACUAAGGAUACUUUCGGGCAUCUUACACAUUUGAUAAAGGACACGAUAAUAAGUUAUCAAUACCAUAUUUGUAUGCAUCCUUGCCUGCACAUUAAUCCUAAGUUCUAGUUUAUAGGCGCCUGAUAGACUCAAUGGCAAUCACUGAUCGGAAUGCGUAAGUUCUACCAUUUGAAUAUUAUGAAACAAUCCUUGAGGUCUAGCUUUUUGGAACAUCGCGAUACAUUGUGCUUAUAGAUUAUGCAGUUGCUAUCGAUACCAAAUGUACGAUGAAUACUAGGUACCUACUUUAUUGCAGAAUUUUUGUGAUUUUUGAAACAGUAGGUAUCUUU